AGGGCGGUACAUUGGACAGUCUGAUCACAGAGAAACACGGGUCGGCUGCGUCGGAGGGGAGGGGGCGGUACGAAAGCCAUCUCGUCCAUCUCAUCUCUCGCGUUCAGUGCAGCAACAGGCUGAGGCCAAGAGCCGAGAGAGAGCCUCAAGGAUAUACCAGCAGCAGCUGCUGCAACUGACUGACUGACUCACUCGAGACAGGAGUGAUUGAUUGACUGUCUGUCUUGGAAGAAAAGGUCGACGAUUGAUCGGGGUUUUGGGGUUGGAGCUGAUGUUAGGCAGCGAGGCCGAAGAUGAGUCUUGUCCGUCUUUCUCGUGACGCACGUAGGGCCGAUCAGACCCAAUUGUUGGUUUUCACCUUCUCGAAGCUGUAGAAGUGUCCCAGCCCUUCAGUUCUUGGGCCCUGCUGGCUGAUCCGGUUCAGUAUCGGGGUCUAGGGUGCUGGGCGGCAUCUUCUUUUGCUCCGAUCAGUCGAGCCGAGAGGAGGGUUUACAAUGAGCUCGACCACUUCGAUUACUAGUACGAAGACCGAUAAAAUGGCAGCAAAGGGAGACCACGCCAUUGGGACUCCGCCGGCUGGAAUUAUGUCCGCAUUAGAAGGAGUGCUCACUCAGUUGAAGGCGUUUCGUCUGAAACCCAAGCAGCAAGAGAUGCUUCUGAGAGUGUCGGCCUUGCUUCUUAUCUACAUUCUUGCCUUCGCCACCCGUCUAUUCAGUGUCCUGCGAUACGAGAGUGUUAUCCACGAAUUUGAUCCCUACUUUAAUUACCGAACGACCCUAUACCUCACCCAAAAGGGUUUUUACGAGUUCUGGAAUUGGUUCGAUUAUGAGAGCUGGUAUCCGUUAGGAAGGAUUAUUGGAGGAACUUUGUAUCCCGGGCUCAUGGUAACAGCUGCACUCCUGUAUUGGGGUCUGAGGGCUCUCAGCUUUGCAGUGCACAUCAAGGACGUGUGCGUUCUUACUGCACCUUUCUUCGCCUCCAACACCACGAUUGUUGCAUACUUCUUUGGGAAAGAACUGAGGGACAGUGGUACGGGGCUCAUAGCCGCUGCUUUUAUUGCGAUUUGCCCGGGCUACAUCUCUCGUUCGGUUGCCGGAUCUUAUGAUAAUGAAGGUGUUGCGAUUUUUGCUCUGCUACUCACCUUCUAUCUGUUCGUCAAGGCUGUUAAUACCGGGUCUUUGGCUUGGUCGGUAGCCUCUGCCUUCGGAUACUUCUACAUGGUUUCUGCAUGGGGAGGAUACAUUUUUAUCAUCAACUUGAUACCGAUCUACGUCGUUGUGCUCCUGGUCACUGGAAGGUAUUCAAAAAGACUCUACAUCGCCUACAACACACUCUACAUUCUGGGAAUGCUUCUUGCAAUGCAGAUCCGGUUCGUUGGAUUUCAACAUGUUCAGUCUGGUGAACACAUGGCUGCUAUGGGAGUGUUCUUCCUUAUGCAGGUCUUCUACUUUGCAGAAUGGGUCAAGGCCCAGCUGGUAGAUCCUAAAUUGUUUCAAGCCUUUUUGAAAGUGAUUGUCAUUGGAGCAGGAUCAGUCGGCGCUCUGGGACUUGGCUUAGGGCUGGCAACUGGGUACAUCUCUCCGUGGACUGGACGCUUUUAUUCUCUUCUGGACCCAACUUACGCAAAGGACAACAUUCCUAUCAUCGCUUCAGUAUCAGAACAUCAGCCAACUUCCUGGUCUUCUUUCAUGUUUGACUUCCACAUUCUCCUCAUAUUGUUCCCAGCGGGACUUUACUUUUGCUUCAAACGACUGACUGAUGCAGUCAUCUUUGUUCUCUGCUAUGGCUUGACAAGCCUUUACUUCGCUGGAGUCAUGGUUCGUCUUAUUCUGGUCGCCACUCCGGCUGUCUGUCUCAUCGGUGCUGUGGCUGUGUCGGCCACAUUGAAAAACUUAGCGAAGCUUUUACGUGAAAAGAAGCCCACGGUAGUGACUUCUGCCAAGACCUCUGGAAGUACGAAAGCAGCUGCCAAGAGUGGCCAUGAUCAACUACUUCCAUUCCAAAAGGAGGGGGCUGCCGUGUUACUACUUGGUUGUCUGUAUCUGCUGGUGCAGUAUGCUGUUCAUUGUACCUGGGUUACAUCGGAGGCCUACUCCUCUCCAUCUAUCGUACUGGCUGCUAGGCAGAGCAAUGGAGAUCGUGUGAUCUUUGAUGAUUUCAGAGAAGCGUAUUACUGGCUUCGUCACAAUACUCCUUCUGAUGCUAAAGUUGCCUCUUGGUGGGAUUAUGGAUAUCAAAUCACUGCCAUGGCAAACCGGACAGUGAUAGUCGACAAUAAUACAUGGAACAACACUCACAUUGCAACAGUCGGUCGUGCAAUGUCGUCAUAUGAAGAUGAAUCUUAUCAGAUCUUGAAAUCUCUCGAUGUCGACUAUGUGCUGGUUGUGUUCGGCGGCGUGACAGGUUACUCGUCAGAUGACAUCAACAAGUUUCUGUGGAUGGUUCGGAUUGGAGGGGGAGUGUUCCCCAUCAUCAAAGAGCCAGAUUACCUGAACAAUGGAGAAUAUAGAAUAGACAAGGAAGCAGCUCCAAAAAUGCUUCAGUGUCUCAUGUACAAGCUAUGUUACUACAGGUUCGGAGAACUCAGUACUGAGUACGGAAAGCCUCCAGGAUGGGACAGGGCGCGUGGGGCUGAAAUUGGGAACAAGCACUUUGACCUUGAGUACUAUGAAGAAGCUUUUACGACUUCAAAUUGGAUAGUGAGAAUCUACAAAGUGAAACCACUUGACAAUAGGUGGUGAUGCAGUCUCCACCUUCCGUCGAAUGCCUCCUUCAGUGUCAGGCCUUCAUGAUAGACAGACAAUUUACCAUGGCCGCCUUGUCAAGGGAUCCAGUCUGGUUACUAAUAGACACAGUUUUUUCCCUUACUACUCUCACGACUAGUUUUACUGAAUUGCAAAGCUGCAUCGGCUCAAUAGACCACAGCUGUUCGGAGGCACAAGGCUUUGCAGAGCCUAGGUCUCUAAUGAUGGCGGUGACCAUAUGCUGUGUAUUAUUACCAUGCCUGAGUCUUCUAAUGCCCCGUGGCAUUAGAGUUUUGGUCCCGUGGGAGCAGAAGGUGCUCUUCCAAAGAGUUCGUUGAAGUUGGCAUUGUAGGAAAUUUGUGUUAAAAUAGGCCCUCGUUUGUCGGGGGCGUGAGUCGUUCUUUGAAGACGUGAGCUCUCCAAAGAAGUCUUGUUUACACGGAGGAAAUUUGAGAAUGAAAUCAAAUAGUUCAUUGACAGAUCGAU